UGGCGUUAUGUGGUUCCUAGUGUAUAUAUAUAUAUAUAUAUAUGUGUCUAUACGUGUGAUGUAAUACGACAUAUAACCUCACUUUUAGUUUCUGAAGGAUCAGGAUUUAUAAAGUACUGUGACUGUGUAAUAACCAGCGAAAUCAUGUCGCGAGUGCCAGAUGUGAUACAAAACCCAGCCAUGGAUGGGGAUAGGCCCAUGUCCAUAGAGCGCCGUAUGGGUCGCGAAAGGGAGCGACUAAUAGGAAUGACGGAUGAGGAGCGAGCAUGGAGGAAGAAAUGGCUGGACGCUCAGAAGCUGGCACCUGAGGAGCCGGUGGUUCCGAAGGAUUAUUACAAGACGUUGUACAAUCCACUCAGACGAUUCUACAGGGCACCUAUGAAUAAAUUUCAGAAUGCGUUGGGGCCGGUUGUGGGACAGGUAGGUGCACUUGUGCUGCGAAACAUAAUAAGCAAAACUGUGAUGGGUAUCAUUGGAGUGUAUUGUAUCUAUUAUCAUCUCAAGUAUCACAGAAUGCUUGGUCUGAGGAACGAUGGUCGAUCUUGGUGUCAGUACCGCUCAAUUGAGCUCGAGACCGGACUGAUGCAACCUGCGCAUGGCUCAGCGAGGCUACGUAUAGGCAAUAUCACGGACGUACUAGUCAGCGUGAAGCUGGAGAUCGAUACGCCGCACGCUGAAAGACCAGAGGAAGGCAAACUCGACUUCUUUGUCGACUGUUCUGCCAAUGCUACACCAGCAUUUGAGGGCAAAGGCGGGGACGAUCUGGCGACCGAGAUAAGUUAUAUUCUUUCAAAGGCUUACCAGACACCCAACGUCUUUGACCUGAGGCAGUUGUGCAUAAUACCUAACAAGAAAUGUUGGAAGCUAUACGUAGACGUUUUGAUCCUUCAGUACGGUGGAAAUUUACUCGACGCAGUGGGCGCUGCGGUGAAGGCAGCAUUGUACAAUACCGAGAUCCCGAAGGUGAUUGCGGCGACGCUCGAUGCCGGCGAGCCAGAUAUUCAGGUGUCGGACGAUCCUUAUGACUGCAUCAAACUGGACGUCACGAAUUAUCCGGUGAUAAUAACAGUGUGCAAGAUUGGGGAUAACUUCGUGGUGGAUCCAACGUUGGAGGAAACAUCAUGCAGUGUCGCUAGUCUCGUUAUGUCUGUGACGCCAAACGGCAAAGUAACGUCUGUAGUCAAGCUGGGAUCCGGUAGCUUGCUGUCCAAUACCUUAAUCAAGAUGUUACAGGUAGGAAAGGACAUUAGCCUCAAACUGAAUGAGACGCUUAUGAGAGAAUUGAAAGAGGAAGAUAAGCUCGGCCGAUCGAAGCCCGUUUGUGGCUUUCUCAGAUAAUAUAUAUAUAAUUUUUAUCAUCGACUAAAAAACAUAAAUAUAUUUUUUCAGAUUCCAAA